GGGCUCAACUCACUCAACAGUGUCACCGGCCAGCACCACCACGCCAGGACUCAGUGAGGAAUCUACCACCAUCUACAGCAGCCCAGGCUCAACUGAAACCACAGUGUCCCCUCGCAGCAGCACGACCUCAAUUCGUGGGGAAGAAUCCACAACCAUCCACAACCAGCCAGCCUCAACUCAUACAACACUGUUCACUGAGGACACCACCACCUUGAAACUCACUGAGCAAUCUACAGCCCUCCCCGGCAGCCUUGUCUCCACGCAAACAAUGUUACUUGCCACCCUCACAACCACAGACCUCGGUGAGGAACCAACAACCUUUCCCAACACCUCAGGCACAAGUGCAACAACACUGUCACCUGCCCGCUCCACAACCUCAGGUCUUGUUGGACAAUCUACAUCCUCACCCAUGAGUCCAAGCUCAACUGACACAACCAUAACCUUACCUGGCAUUAUCACAUCACCAAGCCUCAGUGAGAAAUCUACCACCUUCUACACUAGCCCCACAUCACCAGAUGCAACACUCUCACCUGCAACCACAACAAGCUCAGGCGUCAGUGAAGACUCCAGCACAUCCCUUAGUCAACCAGGCUCAAAGCACACAACAGCGUUCCCCGACAGCACCACCAUGUCAAGUCUCAGUCAGGAACCUACAACUUCCCACAGCAGCCAAAGUUCAACAGACAUAGCACUGUCCCCUGGCAGUACCACAGCCUCAUCCCUUGAUCAAGAUUUAACAACCUUCCCCAGCAGUCCAGGCUCCUCUGAAACCACAGAAGCCUCUACACCCAUCCACAGCAGCACUGACUCACGACACACAACGCUGUCCCCUGCCAGUUCCACAAGCCCAGGCCUUCAGGGAGAAUUUACCACCUUCCAAACCCAACCAGGCUCAACUCUCACAGCACCUUCACAUCCCAGCACCACAACUACCCUUGUUGAAGAAUCUACUACCGCCGACAGCAGCCUGGACUCAACUGCAACAACACACUUCCCUGACAGCUCCACAACCUCAGGCCAUAGUGAGGAAUCAACAGCAUCCCACAGCAGCCCAGACGCAAUGGAAACCACAUUCUUACCCACCCGCUUUAUGGUCUCAGCUCUUGUUGGAGAAUCUACAACUUCACCCAUCAGUUCAGGGUCAGUGGAAACAACAAUAUUACCCGACAGUACCACAACACCAGGCCUCAGUGAGAAAUGGACCACUUUCCACAGUAACCCCAGAUCACCAGACACAACAUUCUCACCUG